AUGAAGUCCAUCGCCCUCAUCACCCUCUCCACCCUCGCCUUGGUCUCCCAGGCCACCGCCCAAAUCCUCGCUUACUCGGCCCCUAUCUCUGCCACCCAGUGGACUGCUGGAAAGUCCGCUACGAUCUCGUGGACAAACUCUUGCAAUGAGGUCGUCGGCAACACAACCUUCCCCGUCUACCUCAACCAGCAGGUCGGCCUGUACCAGGUCCAGGUCCCCGGCAUCCCUGAGCUCGGAUACCUCGACUGCAAAAAGGCCGGCAAGAUCACCGUCCUGGUCCCCGCCACCAUCCCCCAGGGCAAUGACUACUCUAUCCUCGUCACCAACGGCGGUAACCAGUCCUACUCGGCCUUGUUCACUAUCCUCAGCACCAUCCCUGGAUCGACUACCUUGGCUUUGCCUACCACUACCGUGGCCGCUGUCACCACUACUGCUACUACCGUUCCACCUACUAAGACAGCCUCGGCUGCCCCUGUUGUUACGACGACCCCUCCUACCACGCCUAACCAGGCUGGUGCUUUGAAGACUGGAUCCCAGGUCGCUUUCGUUGUCGUUGCCGCUGUUGCCUCCUUGUUGCUUUAA